AUGUCCUGUCCGGGAAAGUCGGCUUUCGUAUUGGGCGGAACUGGCGCUGUUGGGCAAAAGAUUGUCGAGGUUUUAUCUCGAGACAACAACUUUUCGAAAGUGGUCCUGCUAGGAAGAAGAACAAUCGAUGUUAACGAUCCAAAUUCAAAAAUAGAACAACGCGUGAUUGAUUUCGAAAAUCUGGAGGAUCAUCGCAGCGAUUUUGAAGGCUUUGAUGUAGGAUUCUGCGCCCUGGGGACUACGAGAGGGGCGUCUGGAGCGAAAGGACAGUACCGUGUCGACCACGAUUACGUCGUCAAUAGUGCAAAACUAGCACGAAAAACUGGAACGUCUUCAUUUUGCCUGGUUUCUUCCGGAGGAGCCAGUGAAAAUUCGUGGUUUCCGUAUCUUAAAACAAAGGGCGAAAUGGAACGCGAUGUGAAAGCGCUGGAUUUUGAUAAUUUGAUCAUCGCGCACCCGGGCGUUCUCGAGGGAAGGAGUGGCGAUUUUCGUUUAACAGAAAGCAUCACAAAGGUCUUUAUAAAGCCGUUUAAACUCUUCACUAAUAAUAUAGCGAUCGACGUUGGGCAGGUGGCUAAGGGCCUGGUCGCCGCCUCGAUACAACCAGCUGCUGCCAAGGUACGCAUAAUUGAAAAUAGAGAGCUUCUCGAGCUCUCCAAAAAUUAUCAA